AUGGUCUCCACACCCACUGCCUGGUGCUCCGUAGCUCUGGCCCUGCUGGUCGUCCUGCAUGAAGGAACGAACCAGGUAGCUGCCACCCUGGAGCAGCCAGCACCUGCACACAAGGGCCAAGGGGCCCAUCUGAGGUUUCGUCGUUGCUCGUGCAACUCCUGGCUUGACAAGGAGUGUGUCUACUUCUGCCACCUGGACAUCAUCUGGGUGAACACUGCCGGACAGACAGCUCCCUACGGCCUGGGAAACCCGCCAAGGCGCCGGCGCCGCUCCCUGCCAAGGCGCUGUGAGUGCUCCAGCGUCAGGGACUCUGCCUGUGCCACCUUCUGCUAUCAAAGACCCUGGUUUGAAGCUAUGGCUACCACAAGCAGCCAGGCACCAGGAGCUGUGUUUCAGACAGGCAAGACGUGGGCCACUGAGGGAGACCUUCUCCACAGGCUGAGGGACAUUUCUGCCACCAGGCUUCGCUUUGCCAGGCGACAGCCAGAGGUAACAAGAGAGCCCAGGCCUUCACACUCCAGGUGGAGGAAGAGAUAACACCCUGAGCUACAGAACCAUUGAGAAAGAAGCCUGCAUGGAGACAGGAGGGAUGGGGAGCUGGUGGAAGACCCUCAG